UCAUUCAGUACUGACUAGAUAGAUAAUAGACGCGGAUCUCUUGAUUCAGUAUUUGCAUUACAGCUACAACCUGCAUAUUAACUAACUUGAAAGCAGUUUGCAUCCACUGCACAGAGAUUUAGAGGAAACUUUACCAGUUGCUGGUUAUUUUCUUCAUUUUGGAUUGAUUCACAGAAGGUCUAUAAUGGAUCUGGUGUGGCUUUUAUACAUUGCAGCGAGUAUCUGCGCUGUGUUCGCCUCAGCUGAGAGACUCACUGUUUUCUGGAAUAGUACCAACUCUAAGUUCCGAUGGGAUGACUAUGCGGUUGAGGUACGCCUGAAUGACUACCUGGACAUCGUCUGCCCUCACUAUCCACUGGGCGAAGUGCCAUCCCAGGACGCAGAGCGAUAUGUGCUCUACAUGGUGGAACGUGAAGACUACGACACCUGUCGUCCGCAAUCCUACGACCAAAUGCGUUGGGAAUGUGGCCACCCUUUCGCUCCUCAUGCUCCCGAAAAGUUUUCCGAGAAGUUCCAGCGCUUCACACCAUUCACCCUGGGAAAGGAGUUUCGACAGGGCGAGAGCUACUACUACAUCUCCAAACCACUGCACCACCACGGACAGGAAUGCCUGAGACUCAGAGUGGACGUCAUUGCCAAUGACGGUUCUCAAGAAGCAAGGGUUGGGCAAGGAACUAAAGUGGGAACUGGGGGAGGAGCUCACACACCGUCUAAUCGGUUACCAGCAGAUGAUCCUGUUGUGGCUCUUCCCGAAGUGCAGAAAAGCACGCGGACGAACUCUGCCAUUUCAUUAGCAUCCUGGACUGUUCUUACAACAUUACUCCCUCUUUUAUUAUUGCUGCUCUUACAGUAGGAUUGGAACGUUGGACUUAUAAGACUGUAAUGACAUUGGCCUGUGUCGAAGCGCACAGUGGUAGCUCUUUACCUCCCAGUGCUGGUCAUCGGGAGAAGCGAACAAGAAGUUGAAUCUCACACCGCCGGCAACGGUGCUGAAUCGAAAAACUGGAAUGAAGAAAGCUUUGAACUUUCGGACACUUCUAAUGAAACAAAAACGAGACGUCAGUAUUUUUCUGGAAAUUUUGUCCACGUAAAAGGGAGUUUUUUUCUCCCUUUUACAUGUUUUUUUAUAUAUAAGCAUCCGACUACUCAAAACCUGGAUAAGAAAGAACUCAAACUAGCAGUAAUGGGGAAUUUAGGUUAGCAUGUACAUCAAAUUUGGACGACCCCUCAAAAUGAAGGGACGCGAGCCAAGAAUGAGCCAAAGAGCUUCUCACAGAGGAGUCCAACAAUCCAAUUUAAAAAUUUUUUUCUCAUGUUUCCUCGAAAUAACUGAGUUUCGUAUUAAUUUAUGUAGCAUCCAAUCAAUGGAUCUUAUUCUCACUUUCUCCUGGUUUUACACGACUGUGUGCUGUACCUCGAUUUACCCUGGAAAUACAGCACAGAACACACACCAACCCAAUUUCCACUGAAAUGGUGCUGAUUUGGCAUCAUGUUGGAGGAAAACAAGGGUCAUCCAAUACUGUUUACCAAACCCACUGACACACUUCCUUUCAGAAAUGCUGUGUUGUUUUUGUACAUUCGUUGUUUAAAGAGUUAGUAAGUUAUUAGAAUUGCUGCAGAACAAAAUACUGUAUAUAGUGAGCAACAAUGUUUACCGUGUGUGUGCAUGUGAGAGAGAGAGAGAGAGAGAGAGUCUGUAGAUGAAAGAUAAGAGGAAAAGCUUAAGAGUGUGUGUGUUAGCAGAGGAUCUGUCAUGGUCUGACCUGGGAUCAGCAUUUAAACUGCCAAGCACAAUCAUUGAGAAGCACACAAUCACAAUACAAAACAGGACAACUGGAAGCCAACAUGAGGGAUUUUUUGCAAAACAGGCUCAUUGUGAAAACGUACCCCGUAUACAUUUCUGGAGAGCGUGAAUUAUGUAGCCAGAGCUACGUAUGGCUGCAUUUCGUCUUUAAAACGAACGCUACAGGGUGGUAUGAUGCCGCUGAUGGCUUCUGUUUCUUUCCGCACUGCCAGCUUACCACUUACCUCCUUGUGAACAACUUUACCACUGUUACCAGUUUAUCUGGUGGCUUGCCGUGUACGUCGGCAGACUUGAGAUGCAGAGAAGAGUUGACUGUAAUGACAGGGUUUGAGUCCGAUGAAGAACAAUUCCAGACAGCAGAUAAAACUAGAACAAAAGGCGGAAAAUAAAAUAAACAAAUAAAAAAAAUGGAGUGAGAAUGUGGAAAGAUAUGAAAACAUCAUAAAAGUCAGGCUUUUCUUUUUCUGGGUUGCUUUUGAAAACACUAUCGGUUGGGUUUAGGAAAGGGGGUGAUUGGGUCAAUCGGUGCUUUUGAAAAUGCUAUCGGUUGGGCUUAGGGAAAGCGGUUGGAUGGGGUAAUCGGUCGGUUGGUCAGUCAGUCAGUAGACAGCGGCCUCUGGUAGAUUUACAUGAGAACAGCAGGCUUGAAUGGAACUCGCAAGAGAAAUUUGAGAUCUUAAAAGCAUACACAGUGGCCUCUAGUGGAUUCGCAAAAACAAAAACUGCUAAAAAAAAAGUACCUCGUAGAACGUAUUUCGCAAUCUCCAGAAAUGUAUAUAGGGGUACGUAUUGUCUAUCUUAGUUUCUUUCAGCCACACCUUCUUGUUACCAUGUU